AGUACCUACCUUAGUAGGUGCUCAUUAACCUAUUCAUCGAUCGACCUGUCGCCGCAAAUUUAAAUCAAUUCUUAACAUAGUGAGUUUUAUAUUGUCAUUGCGUAUUCUGGAUCCCCGACGAUGUAUUGGAUCUGUACGGACGCCGAAGUUACAUCCAUGUCACUUGAAGCUUGAUGGCGGGGCAAGAAAAGGCGCGAUGUUACGGAGCGAAUCGUGAAUUUAAAUGGUUAACAUCCUAAUCUCGAACUCCUCACUCCUCAUUCCUACGCUUAUAUAUGUCAUUCCUUGUUGAACUUCUGCUUCCUAGAAUCCAUUUUUGAAUCGAACCUCUCUACUAGGCUCAAAAUGCCCGCUAUCACGGAUCUCCCCGUAGAGCUACUCCAGAUUAUCGCUGGAAGAUGCACGGCCCUAGACAUUCUAGCGCUCAGUCGGACAUGUCGAAUUAUUAACGAAGCAUGCGAUACUGCUGCCGUCUUCCGAAUGUCGUUCCAGCUUUAUCUUCCCGAACUCACCUCUGCCACCUUCGGGAAUAAGGCCGCAUUGGUACAUUUUAUGGAUGGCUAUAUUCAUGGUCCCAACAAGCCUUGUCAGCGCAAUGAAGGCCCAAAGAUGACAUGGCUUUGUCUCGCUAUGGCUGUAGCCCGGCUUCCAGGUGUCGAGGCAGAUUUGGAAAAAUUAGCCGAACCAAUAGCAUCAACUGUCAAGGUUUGCGGGAAACUCGCGCUGACUAUGAGAAGACCGCCGCAACUAAGCGAAGACACGAAAGCAGCUCUCCAAGGCUUAAUAGCUUUACUUUCUACGUUACCUAUAUGGGGAUACACAACGGCCUGCAAUUCUGGUGUCGCUGCUAUACUUGACAAUCUAUGUCCUAGUCUCUUUUCUCGAUCCAAAGACUUGAAUACCAAUAGAAUUGAUCAGUGCAUCGGCGGCGAGAAUCCACUACAAUUCGCUUUCUGUUUGGUCUUAAGUAAACUCGAAAAGUGGUGCCAGUCCAGAGCCCAUGAUCUAAGUAUUAAUCUUCCAGUAACGAACAGUUAUAUUGCUAUUAUCAAGAAAAUAUACGACGGCAACACACUUAAUAAAGGAUAUGACAAAUUUCAGAAUUCGUGGAUAGGUAGACAGACACAUGCGCUUCUUCUAAUAGAACUCAUUGCGCGGAAUAUUUACUGGGAUGGAUUAGAGAUCCCAAACCCAAGGAACAUUGAAUUCAUUGGUUCCUGGUAUUUUGAAAGCGGCCAAGAAGAAGAAGAAGAUGUUGAACAUGGUACAUGGAUGAGGGCUACGUCUCUACGAGCACGAUUCCCACUUCCUACGCCUAGUCUUAUAUCUGUCCGAGGAAAAAAAGGCCGUUACUUCUAUCCCUUCGCCGGUGAUGGAUGGUGGUCCUGGUAUACCACACGAGUGCGCGACCUGGCAAAUGAAGUCGUGGGUGAAUGGUGCGGGUCCUUCGCAUAUAGCCUACGGCCGAGAGCUCGAAUGGGCCGUCCCAUUACAAUAUGUUUUCGCAAGACUAACACCGACGGCGAUACAUACUCACUGGAGGCAUCUGAUGGGGUAGAUGAUAUCGGACCAUUUUCCUUGCUCGGUGAAGUGAAUACCUCUCCCAUGGCGUGCACCGUUCGUUUACGGAUGCAGUACCCAUCAACUACAAUGGAAUGGCGAGGAUUAGUUACGCCGCUGGGUAUUUGUGGUGGCUGCUAUAAUUAUAUACCUACUGAACCUCAAACGUCGGCAUCGCGCGCCAUCGGAUAUUUCUGGCUCUGGAAAAAAGAAUGGCGGGAUACUUCUCGGGAUGACCUGUGGACCUAUCCCUACUCGGAUUAGAUGACAAUCCGUCCCGCACGAGUAUAUAGAUGCGUCUCUCCCUCGAGACCGCAUCUAUCUCGAUCUUACGAGAAUGCAUCAUAGAAUAGAAGGUCUACCUUGCUGCAUCGUGUCUUUUUUCUUACCCCCCUACCCCCCUAGACCAUACGUACAAUAUAGACUAGACCUUGUCUACCGACAAUAAUACAUACGAUUUAGGGGCAACGCAUUUAUUGUUAGAAAUGCCUGUUAUUUCUUACUUACCAUACAUGUGCAUAUAUGAUGCUAAUAUGAGGUAUUAUAACCUAUAUUUAUAGCUCUAAGAUGAAAACUAUACCACUUUAA